CCUCCGCGGCGUUCCCACGCCGACGCUCCUGAGGUUUGCGGGGCACUCGGUGGCUUCGCUCUUCGCGUCAGCAAGUGCCGAGGCCAUGGCAGCCCAGAAGAUAAACGAGGGGCUGGAGCAUCUGGCGAAGGCAGAGAAGUACCUGAAAACUGGGUUUUUAAAAUGGAAGCCAGACUACGACAGUGCUGCAUCUGAAUAUGGAAAAGCAGCUGUUGCUUUUAAAAAUGCCAAACAAUUUGAGCAAGCAAAAGAUGCCUGCCUACGGGAAGCUGUUGCCCAUGAAAAUAACAGGGCUCUUUUUCAUGCUGCCAAAGCUUACGAGCAAGCUGGCAUGAUGUUGAAGGAGAUGCAGAAACUGCCUGAGGCCGUCCAGCUGAUCGAGAAAGCCAGCAUGAUGUACCUGGAGAAUGGCACCCCUGAUACGGCGGCCAUGGCCUUGGAGCGAGCUGGAAAGCUCAUAGAAAAUGUAGAUCCAGAGAAGGCUGUGCAGUUGUAUCAGCAGACAGCCAAUGUGUUCGAAAAUGAGGAGCGCCUCCGGCAGGCAGUGGAACUUCUAGGAAAGGCCUCCCGACUGCUGGUGCGAGGACGAAGGUUUGAUGAGGCUGCACUGUCUAUUCAGAAAGAAAAAAAUAUUUAUAAGGAAAUUGAGAAUUAUCCAACAUGUUAUAAGAAAACAAUUGCUCAGGUCUUGGUUCAUCUACACAGAAAUGAUUAUGUGGCUGCAGAGAGGUGUGUCAGGGAGAGCUACAGCAUCCCAGGGUUUAAUGGCAGUGAAGACUGUGCUGCGCUGGAACAGCUCCUGGAGGGGUAUGACCAGCAAGACCAAGAUCAGGUGUCAGAUGUCUGCAACUCACCCCUUUUCAAGUACAUGGACAAUGACUACGCUAAGCUGGGCCUAAGCCUAGUGGUCCCAGGAGGGGGAAUCAAGAAAAAAUCACCAGCAACACCCCAGGCCAAGCCUGAUGGAGCUGCCAGCACAGCUGCUGAGGAGGAGGAAGACGAGUAUUCAGGAGGCCUGUGCUAGUAUCCUGCCUGCAGAGAGAUGAGAAGCUGGGAAUCCUGGCGAGCCUGUUGAUGGGGUUACUCAUCUGUGGUCAUCUGCUUCACGGAGAUUGUGACGCUGAGUGUUAAUAUAUGUGAAGUUUAGCUUGCCUUUCCCCAACUCAGCCAUUGUGUCUGCUACCUGUGAAGCUCUGUACUUUCCGUUCUAAGAGCAGAAAUGAGCGGUCAUAUUUUAAUAAUUGAUUUUAAAAUGUAUAGAUAAAUUUCAGAUAAAUUAUAUUAUAAGCAAGGCAGGAAAUAGGCAUAAAUACUCUUUUCUCAUGGGUUCUUGUAAUUUAUUGUUAAAUAAUUGUCACUGCAUUUUAUUUAACGUUACUUUCUAAACGUGGUUUUUCUUUUUUUUUUUUUCUUUUUUUUUUGGUAAAAAUAAUUAUUUCAAAACUGGUCUGGUUCUUCCCACCAUCUUUCCGUGUUGUCACAUGGUACUCAUGCAUGUUCUGAUUAAGGUUCUCAAGAGCAUCCUUAGUGCCCAAAAGAGAGGCAGACAGCAGGUCUUCAGUGGGCAGCACUCCAGUGUCACCCUCCAUUCUGACUGUGGUGGUGGUGCGUGCUGACACCUGACACCCUUACACGGGUGGGUGAGGAGAGCGUUGAUGGUCACAGAACUGGGACCAUUGUUGUCGCCCUGCAGGCUAAACAAGUGUGGAGUAUCAGCCCCAGGUUAGAUGUGCUACUUAAAGACCGAGAUCUGGCACAGUUAUCUUCCCGUCCUGUCAGUGUGGUUGCAUUGUACCAGUAGCCUCAGCUAGCAUUGUGGACCAUGAAGAAGCAUGGCAGGAACAUGGAGAGGAAGACCUGGGGUUCUCUUUUUAGGGGUACAAAAUGUAAGAAUGAAAGCAAUGUUCCUGUGGACGGAGGACUUGUCUCAUUCUGAAAAGAAAAUUUAUCCAUCACCAUAUUAGAUACAUUUAAAUUACUGAGUAUUUUCAGAGACAGCUUUAGGAUAAAAGCCUUAUAGUAUUUAGCUUAAUAAAUGACCACAAAAUGUGGAAGGCAGAGUAUUGGUGUUUUUUUUUUUUUAAACAA